GGACGGCGCUUCCCCAAUGAAGUGGUCACAUGACCUGGGGAAAAUGGCUGCGUUGACUGCGGAAAAUUUUGCAGCACUCCAGAGCCUGUUGAAGGCCUCUUCAAAAGACGUCGUCAGACAGCUAUGCCAAGAGAGCUUUUCCAGGUCAGCCCUCGGCUCGAAAACACUCUUGGACACCACGUGUUCCAGCUUGUCUGUGACCCAGGAGGAGGCGGAGCAGCUGCUCCAGGCUCUGCACCGCCUCACCAGGCUGGCGGUGUUCCGUGACCUGGGCUCCGCCGAGGCGGUUCUGGCUCUCUUCCCGGAAAACUUCCACCAGAACCUCAAAAACCUCCUGACGAGAAUCAUCCUGGAACACAUAUCCACAUGGAGGACUGAAGCCCAAGCAAGUCUGAUCUCGCUGCCGCGCCUGGUUGAUCUGGACUGGAGGGUGGACAUCAAAACCGCCUCCGACAGCAUCAGCCGCAUGGCUGUCCCCACCUGCCUGCUGCAGAUGAAGGUCCAGGAAGACCCCAGCCUGUGUGGGGACAAACCCUUCGUCUCAGCCGUCACAAUGGAGCUGAGUAAGGAAACGCUGGACACUAUGUUGGACGGGCUGGGCCGCAUUCGAGACCAGCUUUCUGCCAUGGCCAACAAAUGACCCCGGCCAGCUGCUGGCCCCAGCUGCUGUCUGCGGUGGAGCACCUCGAGACGCUGGGUGGGCGGCCCAGGCUGUGGUGGCCGCAGCUACGGGACCUUGGGGGUGCAGGGGGGCUGCCGUCCAGAAGGCGCGCCUGCACCCAGAAGCAGCAGCCACGCCCCCACGCCGUUCUCACGCACCUUCUCCGUCCUCUUUCUGACGCCGGUGCGCAGGAGCCUCCGUCUGUGGAACGCUCCUGCUCUGCGUGCAGUGAUGACCGUGGUGGCAGGUGAGGGAGCCUCUGCUGCGACUGCCGCCUCAGCACGUCUGCUGAGAGAGCUGGUCUGAUCAGUUCCUUUCCAGCAUUACUCGGAGAAGUUCGUUCCCAGCCCUGGAGCUCGUGGGGGGAGCAGGUGGGCGGCGCCAGCGGCUCGUGCUUCUCUGUCUGAGAAACCGGGCAGACCCCACGGAGCAGCGUCACCGCAGUGGGCCCCCCGCCCUGAGUCCAGAGCCUUCCCAGCUCCCUCGGCCCUGCUGGACCUGUCAGCACAGGAAGUCUGCAGGGGGGGCCACUGAUCAAUGUAGCCACGCCUGGGUGAAGACGUGGGAGGGACUGGGAAUAAACAGCAGUUCUGAAAACGUC